UAUACUAACUUUUGCAUAAUCUUAGUUAUAGACAUAAACUAAUAUAUGCGAUAAAAAAUAAUCACAAACAUCACUGCAUCAUAACCUCUUUCAAUAUUUUGUGUCUAAUGUAAUGAAUUCACGAUGACUCAAACUUAUGAUAACUAUUACAAUGAAUUUAAAAAAAAUGCAGAAUUACAGCAAAAUUUAAAAUACAAAAAGAAAUACCGAAGGUUAAAAAGGAUCAUAAAGGAUACAGUAUUCGAAAAUGCAGCAUUAUGUGAUCAAGUUGCACAAAUGCAAGAAAAUCUUAUGCUUGUGAAAGAAGAGAGACUGUUUCUUUUACGUAAAUUAUGUCAACAACAAGGAGAUAUAGAUCCUUCUACUAUGAUAGCUCGAUCUCAAUCAAACAGUAUUAAUCCUAGUUCGUUUAAUCCAGAAUGCUCUACUCCUAAAAAAACUGCAAAGAAAAGGGCUUCGACUGAUGGCUCAGAAACAAAAAAUAAGGCUAAACGUUACAAUAAAACUGCGAGGAAAGUAGUCCAAUUAAUACCAUUGGAUGUCCAUGGGAGACCUAUAUUUCCUAUUUCUUUAGGUGAUCUUACUGUCUACUCCCUUGGAGAAGUAGUAUCGGACAGAAUAGCUUAUCAUACAGAGGAUCUCAUUUAUCCAGUAGGUUACUGCAGUACUAGGGUAUAUGCUAAUUUAAGGGAUGUAAGAACAAAAAGUUUAUAUACAUGUAAGAUAUUAGAUGGUGGACCAAAACCAAGAUUUGAAAUUGUAUCUGAUAAUGAUCUAGAUCAGCCUCUGGUUGGCUCUACUCCUGAUGAGUGUCAUUCCAAAUUAUUAAUGGCAAUUUCCCUUGCACUUCGUACAAUAGCACCAAAGGGUGCUGAUUUUUUUGGAAUUUCACAUCCUACUAUACAAAAUCUUAUACAAAGUACACCUGGAACUCGUAAAUUGGCUAUGUAUAAACAACAACGUUUCGAAGUAAGCAAGAAUCAACCAAUGGAAAGGGGAACAAGUCCAGUAAUGGAAGAAGAAACAGAUCCAGGACUAGGAUUUGCUGCUUUACAUAGGCAUUAUGCUUUAGCAAAUUCAUACAGAAUUAAAGAAGAACCGUCUGAUAGUGAUCUUUUAGCUCUUCAAGAGCUUCUCUCGUGACUUUUGUAUUGUUAAUAAAAAGAAUUUUUAAUUUCAGAAAAAA